CGACAGUUGUCAUUGUCACUCGACUCUCAAGCCAUCAUCACAACAACCACACAACGAAACACCACAAAACAAUGCAUCUAACAACAUCUCUCCUCGCCCUCCUCCUCCCAACAACUCUCGCCCUCCCAACCGCAAAAGACAACAAAGUCUUCGCCCCGACCCCCGACUCACCACCACCCCACGAUCUGGGCAUCCACACGGGCAAAAUCGGCGUAGACAACGUCGACCUCUCCGCCCUCCGCGUCGAUCCCGUCCGCGUCAUCAGCAGGAUCAAGUCCUCGUCACACUUCACCUCGUCUCUACUCACAAAACGCCGAGACGUGCUGCUCGAGGAACAUGAUGGACGGAUCAAUAUCGCGAAAGAAAAACGCUCGCAUAUUCAGGUUGAUCCGGUCGAGGUGAAUGUUCACAUUAUGAGGCCAUCUGUUCAUACGAUGCCUGUUAGUGGGAAGAGUGCUAAGGUGGAGGAGGUGCAGAGGGAGACGGGGAAGGGAGAGAGUGAGGCUGUGAAGGAAGUGGAACCGAAGCCCAAGUACAUUCCAAAGUUCAUGAUGGAUUAUAGUACGGCUGGGUGGUUUAGGCAUUUUAUUCGAUUCUAGGGAAGUCGGGUUGGGACAGUCAGGCUUGGCUCAGGGCUGUCUCGACUUGGAUUUCUCGGCUACUACGCAACAUUCACUUCUUCCUGUGUUUAUUGGCUUGGUCAGCAAGUUAUUCGUGUACAUGAAGCUUGGGUGGUAUAUCGUCGUGUACUUCGCGAUUUGAAGGGUGGUUUUAACUCUUGGGCGCAUUGGAGAACUGGAUGGGAAUAGGUGAC